CAACUUCGCCAUUGCUGUCGUUUCAGAGUUCAAGUCCAAGCUCUUUGACUCAACCGCUUCGUCCAUUGCCCGAGAACGACGGCUCAGCACAACUCUGUCUAGGCGCCUGGCGUCGUUAUAAGCGCCGGCAGGUGGCCGCGGCAGCUGUGCGCAUGGCAGGUGUGCCCAUAUCUGGCUGUCUCGUAAUACGUAUAGGCAGACGUAUUAUGCAGCCUUUUCCUCCGGGACUCCUCUCCGGCCAUGAACCCACCAAUCCUCGGCCUGCGCGGGUGAGGAGCGCGGGAGCGAUCGUCGCGCGCGCGGAAAGGCCGAAGUCGUUCGGGAUUGGCUGAGGGCGCCACCCCGCCGCGCUCAGUCAGCGGAGCACUUGCGCAAGCAAUGCAAUGCCGUUCGCACUCGGACGCGACAUCAUUAAUCACGACUCGUUUGCGCGUGGCUUACUGAGACCGCGUCGCGCUCGUUUCGCAAAACAUAUAUAACGCUCCGAAGACGAGGGGCGAGUCCCCACCGUCUCUCCCGUACCCUCACCCGCCCUCCAAAUGGCCCCCGCGUUGAUACGUGACGCUUUCGUAGGCGACGUCCUCUACCAUGUCUCGGGUCACCGCCUCUUCCAGCACCCAGAGGACCGCCCGGGCUUCACCAUCCCUAUCCCACCAAGGUCAAUCAAAAGCUCCAGGAGCGGAUCUGCAUCCCCCUCGAACCUCGAAACAGCCACGGCCAUCGAACGACCCGACGACGAAGAAUCCCGGUUACCUCGCGUUGACUCUGACCAGAGUACCAUAGCUGUGCCAGAAGCCUCGGAAGAGCAGAGGCCAGCACGGCGGAAGGCUGCCGAGGUCGAAGAAGGCGAUCUCGCCGGGGAGAAGGAAAAGGCCUCGGUACAGCAAGAAAUUGCCGAAUCUCGCAUAGUAGAGUGGUACGGACCAGACGAUCCAGAAGACCCGCAGAACUGGUCCACCGCCAAGAAGUCCUUCGUCACGUUCGAGAUCUGCAUGCUCACCUUCAGCGUGUACAUCGGCUCCGCGAUCUACUCCCCCGGCAUCGGCGAGAUCGCGGAGCAGUUCGGGGUCUCGUCCGUCGCGGCGACGCUCGGCCUCACGCUCUUCGUCGUCGGCUACGGCAUCGGGCCGAUGUUCCUCAGCCCGCUCUCGGAGAUCCCGCAGUUCGGGCGCACGACGGUGUACAUCGUCACCCUCGCGCUCUUCGUCGUGCUUCAGGUGCCGACGGCGCUCGCGAAGAACCUCGGCGCGCUCCUCCCGCUGCGCUUCCUCGCCGGCUUCGCGGGCUCGCCCGCGCUCGCUACCGGCGGCGCGACCCUCAGCGACAUGUGGGCCCCCGAGUACCGCGCGGUCGUCAUCGGCCUGUGGAGCGUCGCGGCCGUGAGCGGGCCCGUGCUCGGGCCAACCGUCGGUGGCUUCGCGGCGCAGAGCGAGAGUUGGACGUGGACGAUCUGGAUCCUGCUGUGGUUGAGUGGAGCGGCGCUCGCCUUCCUGACGUUCUUCCUCCCGGAGACAUCAGCAUCAGCAUUGCUAUAUCGCCGUGCAGCGCGCCUCCGCCGCGUCACUGGCGACAAGCAGCUCAAAUCCCAGGGCGAGAUCGAGGCGGAGCACAUGACGGUUGGCGACGUCGCGAUGAUGACCCUCGUCCGACCGUUCAUCCUCAUGUUCGUCGAACCGAUCGUUGCCUUCUGGAACAUCUAUAUUGCCCUGGUCUAUGGCAUCCUCUACAUUUUCAUCGAGUCUUUCAGGGUCGUCUUCGUCGAAAAGCACGGGUUCAACCUUGGGGAGAACGGGCUGGCGUUCCUCGGCUUGUUUGUCGGCUCUAUCCUUACAUACGCAGUCUUCGCCCCCUACGCUGUCAAGGUCCUGAAGCCGAGGUUCCUCGACGGCACCUUCGUCCCAGAGAUGCGCCUGCCCAUCGCCUUCGUCGCCUCGGUCUUCCUUCCGAUCUCGAUGUUCUGGUUCGGAUGGACGAGCUCCGCGAGCGUGCACUGGAUCGUGCCGAUCAUCGCCUCCGCCUUCUUCUCCGCGGGGACGUACCUGCUCUUCCAGGCGGGCCUGAACUACCUCUCGGACUGCUACCCGCGCUACAUCGCGUCGGUGCUCGCCGGCAACGACUUUUUCCGCUCGAUGGUCGGCGCGGCGUUCCCGCUCUUCAGCACGGCGUUCUUCCACAACCUCGGCGUCGGCCCUGCGUGCAGCCUCCUCGGCGGGAUUGCGAUCCUGAUGCUGCCUAUCCCGUACAUUAUGUAUCGCUACGGCGCACACAUUCGCUCCUGGAGCAAGUACGCCGACUAGAUCUUUUUUCCUCACGACCAGCUACUACGUAUUUUCUUUCACUCACGCACUUGUCAUUGCAUUUCACGAAACUCUCCCGCAUGAUCCACACGACCCACGCGCCAUGCUUACGUAGACACUACUGUAUCGAUACUGAGGUCACCGCAUUUACUAGACUUGAUCAUACUAGGUUUAUGUCAUCUGGAACUCAUGGCUGUAUCCAAUUAAUCUUAUGCUAUGUAGUAGACCAUAAUAGAUGAAACCUUGUCAUUCUCGACCUG